UUCUUCUUCCCCCUCCAGCAUGAGACCUCCGGUGCACGCAAAACGUCUUCUUCUUCGAAUAACACCCCCUACUACGGGGUAUUUAUUACAGUAACAUCGAUUCAACGAUAAACCAGGCUGGACUGUCGAGGUUUAUGUGACAGAAUUGCUCGCAUUGCUAAACAAGGGUGAAGGCAACCGCUUUUGAGCCCCGCGAGUGUACAAUGUGGUCCGAUAGAUGGCGCUCGUGCUGCUUAAUGGCCGGCGAUCGCCGUGAAGCGACUCCGAAGAAGAAAACAAAGACAAGAAAACGGCAGACUAAUAAACAAGACACAGAAAUGCCACCGAGGGAUUAAAAAAGAAAAAAGGCUCAAUUAACACGGGUGUAGGUGAGCUCGCAAGGUGAACGACCGUCCCGCGACGCUUAAACACACCUCCAUGGUGCGCAGAGAUCUGGGUCCUAUCCGUGUUGUCUAUGGGAAAAAGGCAGUCAACAACCAGUACAGGUUGACAAGUGGGGGACAUGCAGACAAAUAAGCAUUCACACAUUUAUGGACAAUUUAGACUUUUCAUUUCAUUUAAGAUAACAUGUAAUUAGAACCUGAGAGGAACAAAACCCACGCAAGCCCAUGCAGAACACGGUAUAAUCCCACACAAAAAGAUAUGUCAUCUGAAGGGCACGGAGAUGGUCAAAACUGUCAACCUGUGGCCGUGGCGGCUGAAGGAAAACCAGCCGCAAAAGAUGACAAUCAGCAUGCCGUCAAGACGAUAAGCGGCAGCGCUGAGGCCAGCACGACUGCGCAAAACUUGGCUUUGCUGAAAAAGCACUCGCUGGAUGUGAAGUUUGAUGUGGGCGAGGAGUAUGACAUCAUUGAAACCAUCGGCACCGGUGCCUACGGCGUCGUGUCGUCUGCCAGGAGACGGGAUAAUGGCCAGCAGGUGGCGAUAAAGAAGAUCUCCAAUGCCUUCGAAGUGGUGACGAACGCCAAGCGCACUUUGCGGGAGCUGAAAAUUCUCAAGCACUUCAAACACGACAACAUCAUCGCCAUCAAAGACAUUCUGCAGCCCAACCUUCCUCACUCUGCCUUCAAGUCUGUGUAUGUGGUGCUCGACCUCAUGGAGAGCGACCUGCACCAGAUCAUCCACUCGGCACAAGCGCUCACCCCUGAGCACACUCGCUACUUCCUGUACCAGCUCCUCCGCGGCCUUAAGUACGUGCACUCCGCCAACGUCAUCCACCGGGACCUCAAGCCCUCCAACCUGCUGGUGAACGAGAACUGCGAGCUGAAAAUCGGAGACUUCGGCAUGGCCAGGGGUCUGAGCUCUCAGGCCGAGGAAUCGCAUUCCUUCAUGACCGAGUACGUGGCGACGCGAUGGUAUCGCGCUCCGGAGCUGCUCCUGUCCUUGAAUCACUACACUUUGGCCAUUGACAUGUGGUCCGUGGGCUGCAUCUUUGCCGAAAUGUUGGGUCGAAAGCAGCUUUUCCCCGGCAAGCAUUACGUCCACCAGCUCCAGCUCAUUUUGUCCGUGCUGGGAACCCCUCCCAAGGAGCUCAUCGGUGCUAUUCGAGCCGACAGGGUGCGCUCGUACGUCGAAUCUCUUCCGUCCCAAACUGCCGUGCCCUUAGCCAAACUGUACCCCCAAGCGGAGCCGCGCGCCCUGGACCUGCUCGCGUCCAUGCUCCGCUUUGACCCACGCGAGCGAAUCGGCGUGACUCAAGCACUGGAACACCCGUACCUGGCCAAGUACCACGAUCCAGACGACGAGCCAAUCUGCGUGCCGGCCUUCGACUUUGAGUUUGACAAGCUUCCCAUAAGCAGGGAGCAAAUCAAAGAGGAAAUCCUCAUGGAGAUCCAGGACUUUCACAGAAACAAGCGGGGUUUGCGUCAGAGGCUCCAGUUCAGGCCACUGGUGAGGACAAACGGCGCCGCAGCCGCAACACAAAGCAGUCACGUUUCCUUGACGAGCCUGAGUGAGUCCACGCUCAUCAACAGCAAACAGAACCAGCAAGCCUCACAAACGAGCGAGGCAGAGUCCGCGGAGCAACAAAGACCAGCCGAGGUGAACCGGGCGUUCGCAAAUCAAAUGAACGCGUGCGGUAAAGAUGCCCUUAGUUUACCGUGCCUCGCGAAAAGCGAAAGCGGUCCGGUCGACGUGGACAUGCCCAGCGCCAGCUCGGACGGCGGCCAGCCGGAGACCAUCGAUUUGACGACGCCCGAGACCGGUCACGUCGCGGAACCCAUGCGAGGCAGCGAGGGGCGGGAAACAAGGCCUGGGCCCUGCCAAGACCAGAAUCAGCUUCCUUCCUCCGUGACACCUUUAGCCCGAAACGUGCCUUCGCUUUCGCUCUCAGCUGCCCAAGCUCAGUCGCUAUCUCACAGCCUCUCACAGUCGCUGGCCACAAACCAAAGGCCCACCCAAGCUACAUCAGAAGGGCCCAGGAAAGAAGGGACCAUAUCAGAAGACACCAAAGCAGCUCUGAAAGCAGCUUUAUUCCGAAAUAAAGCCAGGGGUGAUGGAGGUGUUCCUGCAAUGGGCGCAGAGGCGUCCAGCGCAGGAGGAGGAACGUCGUCGUCUCUUUCCAAUCCUGAGUCGCGCCGGCCUGUCACAGCGCAGGAGCGCCAGCGAGAGCGCGAGGAGAAGCGGAGGAAGAGGCAGGAACGGGCCAGGGAGCGCGAGAAGAAACUGAAGGAGAAGGAGCGACGAGAGGGGAGGCGCGGGGACUCGCUGGGCGGGGUCCUCCUGAGUGACAACGACAAGAGCCUCUUGCAGCGCUGGACCAAGAUGAUGGACAGCCGCAAUGACAAAUCUCACGCGCAUCAGAGCGAAGGAGGAAAGAAUAAUGUGAAUGUUGUUUUGGGGGACAACGCUGAAGGACCACCUAACAACAAACCCGAAAAGGAAGCGACAAAGUUUCCGUCUCACGAGCAGCUAAUCUCUCAAGUCCGAGCCAGUCAGUCUGGUUUUCCGCAGCCCCCCGGCAAAAACCAGCAAUUACUCUUUGCAAUGAGCCAGAAGAAACAAGCAGAUGUUGUCCUUGCUGUAAGCAGCUCCGUGGACCUGAUGGCAGUCUCUGGUGGCUUUGUUAAGAACAACACGCUCAAACCUCACGACGAGAGCGGCGGCCCGAGCCCCAUCGACUGCUUCGGUAAUUGGAGCGGACAGCAAUUAGAGAGCGGGCCGUCACAACACGCAAAAUCGCACAGGACACCGCCACAGCAGAACUUUCUCACAGCGCAAACUCAAGCCUUGGUCACCUCUCAGACGCAGCUGCUUCCAUUGGAGGCUUUUUUGACCAAAGGCCCGACCACAUUAAGCACCAGCGACGCCAACGGGGAUAUCGGCGCCAACAAUCACCUCAACCACCACCUCACGCCUUCGACCGCUAACGCCAGGCCUGUGGACAAGCUGUGUUCCUCCGUCGAGGAAAAAUCACCGCCACAGUCCGUAAACCCCCUGUGCGGGGUCUUAGGGGUCCCCUCGCAUGCUCAUCACAAUUUGGGCUUCACAGAUACUGGACAGCAAGGCCCCUCUAUCGCCCCCGACAUCCACACAGUAACACUGCAGCUCUCCAAGUCACAGGUCGAGGACGUGUUGCCCCCGGUGUUUUCGGUCACCCCUAAAGGCAGCGGGGCAGGCUACGGCGUGGGCUUCGACCUGGACGAUCUCCUCACCCAGUCGCUCACGGAGCUGCAACACUGUGACCGAGACAGUUACGACUCGGCCCCCCUUUCGGCCUCGCUCUUAUCCGAUUGGAGCGAGGUUCACCGGAUGACGCCGGCUGACCUGGAAUCACUCCAGCAGGAGCUCCAGCUCGGCUCUCCCAUGAUCCUCUCUGAUACCAUCCCACCUGACGCCUGACUGAGUGCCCGUGGUUGAAUGAAUUAAUUUAAAAGUAGUUUUAGUUUUGUGAACUGCAUUAAAGUUUUUUUUAAACACUUGUCUGCUAGACCUAAAAUCAAACACAAAUCACCGUGUCAGCCUGUGAAUGUCAUUAAAUGAUUAAAAUUUCAAGUUUUUUA